UCUGAAGAAUUUGAAGAAGGUAAAUGUGCAUUAGAUCGCAUUAAGAAAGUGAAAAAGUCUGCCUUAUCAAAAAAUUGGGUUGAAAAGUUGGAUAAUGAUAAACCAGCUUUUUUUAAAUUGUUGUCCACCAAAAAAUUAUGA